AUGGAUGAACUCGAGCAAAACCAAGAGGUGAUAAGAGCGGAUGUCAACCAACUGAAAGAAAAAGUUGAUCGAAUUCUGGAAGCUAUACAGGCUUUGAUAAGGAAGGAGAAUACAGAUGGGGAUCCUCCGAUUGUAAAUGAAGAACACCAAACUACUCCUUCUCACCCACCAGGUUUUACCCCGACUAACCAACAAUUCCGCACAGCAGCUAUGCAAUUUCCUACAUAUGGUCUCCCACCUGGUUAUACUCCGCCUGAAAAAUUCCAUGUCUUGGAAGAGCGAAUAAAAGCAAUUGAGGGAUAUAAUGUUUAUGGCCUUGAAGCUUUCGAUAUGUGUCUGGUUCCUGAUGUGACUAUCCCUCCCAAAUUCAAGGUUCCUGACUUUGAAAAAUACAAGGGCAACACAUGUCCUAAAAAUCAUCUAACUAUGUAUUGCAGAAAAAUGGCUUCUCAUGCUCAUAACGACAAGCUGCUCAUUCACUUUUUCCAAGACAGUUUGAGUGGGGCAUCGUUAAGCUGGUAUAUGCAUCUCGAGCGAAAUCGAAUUCGUUCAUGGAAAGACUUGGCCGAUGCCUUUUUGAAACAAUACAGGUACAACAUUGACAUGGCCCCUGAUAGGAUGCAACUGCAAAAUUCAUCGAAAAAGGAUAAUGAAUCUCUCAAAGAGUAUGCACAGCGGUGGAGGGAAAUGGCAUCACAAGUGGAACCUCCCUUAUCUGAAAGAGAAAUGGUUGGUAUGUUUAUGGAUACUCUCCAGUCGCCUUUUUAUGAUAAGAUGAUUGGGAGUAUAUCAUCAAACUUUUCUGAUCUGGUCAUGAUAGGAGAAAGGAUAGAAAGUGGGAUGAGGAGUGGAAAGAUCGUAUGUGCAGCAACCGGCAUAAAAAGACCCCAAACGACAUUCACAAAAAAGAAAGAAGGGGACGCUAAUGCUGUAAUGGUAAACCCCAGAGUCUCCUAUUUUCCACCCAUCAAUUCCUAUCGACCCCCAAACUUCCAGCCCCCAAUAUCACAAACUCCUUACAUUCCUUAUCCAUAUGUGGCUGCAACCACACAAGCUUCAUACCCUCAAUAUCACCCUUCAGUUGUUGCCUCACUUACUCCAAAAUUCAAUGGUAGUCCUGAGGCCAAUGAAACCUCUAGAACCACCAUUUCCGAAAUGGAAGAUGGUCCCAACGUGGGGAAUAAUCCUUUGCCGGGUCACGGAGAUACCGCUGUCAAUCUCAUUGAAGAAGAGAUGGACCAGUACACAAAAGAUGAUUAUGUAUCGACCAUAGAGCCAUGCAUGGAAAAAAAUAGAUCUUUUCCAAGACCAUUGGAAAUCCUCUAUAGAAAAGAGAAUCCUAAGCCAAUUCAUAGUGGGAAAAAUGCAAUAAUUCCUCAAGGUACUGAUAUCACCAAUAUUUCAGGGAUUGGCAGGAUGACCCGAAGUGGUCGAGUAUACACUCUUGAAGAACUUAGGAAAAAGGAAGGUCGUGGAGAAAAAGGGAAGGAUGAAGCUAAUGAAUUUUUGAAGUUUAUCCAGCAAAGUCAGUACAAGGUGGUAGAUCAACUAAAUCAAACCCCUUCUAAGAUAUUUGUUCUUUCUUUGUUAUUAAACUCUGAAGCACAUAGAAGGGCACUGAUGAAAGUUUUAAACAAGGCCCAUGUUACUCAUGAUAUCACCGUUGACCAGUUUGAUGGAGUUGUCGGUAAUAUCACCGCCUGUAACGGGUUGAGUUUUAGUGAUGUUGAAUUACCAGCUGAAGGGGUGGAGCAUAAUAAAGCACUACACAUCUCUGUGAAAUGUCAUGAUCAUAUUCUUGCGCGAGUGCUAGUUGAUAAUGGUUCAUCGUUAAAUGUCAUGCCAAAAUCAACACUAUCAAAACUAUUUGUUGAUGGGGCUUGUUUGAAGCCGAGUGCUAUGGUGGUGAAAGCAUUUGACGGGUCCAGAAGACAAGUUAUUGGUGAGAUUGACCUGCCGAUUCAAAUCGGACCCCAUAACUUUGGAAUAACUUUUCAAGUGAUGGAUAUUAAGCCAGCGUACAGUUGCCUUUUAGGGAGACCAUGGAUUCACACUGCUGGAGCAGUGACAUCCACUCUCCAUCAAAAGCUAAAGUUUAUAGUGAAUAAUAAACUGGUGAUAAUAUCUGGGGAAGAAGAUAUAAUAGUGAAUCUAUCUUCUACAGGCUACAUUGAAGACAAAGAGGAAGCCAUUGAGACUUCCUUCCAAGCAUUAGAAAUCGCCAACGCUGUCUUCAUGGGUGAAGGAUUUCGUUUUAAAGAACCAAAAUUAUCAAAAUUCGUGUUGGAAGAAUGAGUUUUUGUUAAAUUCGGGGAAUUGAUAGAAAUACCGGAAAAGAAGGAUAAGUACGGGUUGGGAUAUAUACCUACCAAAGCUGAUCAAGAGAAUGCUGUAAAGGAAAAACGAGAAAGCAAGCUAGCUCGUUGGGAAAACCGGGUACCAAAUUCACAAAAGAUCCAUAUUUGUGACAUUCGUCAAACCUUUCAAAGUGCUGGAAUAAUAUAUGAUGAUCAAGUGGUUGUUGUAGAAGAGGAUCUUGAGGAUUGUGAAGACGAUUGUGAGCUUCCCCCAGAAUUAGAAAGCUUAAUUGAACAGGAAGCUAAAAUAAUCCAACCCUAUCAAGAACCUAUUGAGGUGAUCAAUUUAGGGACUGAGCGUGAUAAAAAAGAAGUUAAAAUUGGUAUGUCUAUGAAAGAAAGUGAGCGAGAAAAGUUGGUUAAACUUUUAAUUGAUUAUGUGGAUGUAUUUGCAUGGUCAUAUCAGGAUAUGCCCGGGUUAGAUACUAACAUAGUUGAACACAAGCUACCACUCAAGCCUGAAUGUGCUCCAAUUAAACAAAAAUUGAGGAGGAUGAGGCCUGAUAUGUCACUUAAAAUUAGAGAAGAAGUCAAGAAACAAUUUGAUGCUGGUUUCUUAGCAGUAGCAAAAUAUCCUCAAUGGGUGGCUAAUAUUGUACCAGUUCCAAAGAAAGAUGGAAAGGUUCGAAUGUGCGUUGAUUAUCGGGAUUUAAAUAAAGCUAGUCCAAAAGAUGAUUUUCCUUUGCCUCACAUUGAUGUCCUAGUAGAUAGCACUGCUCAAUAUUCUCUUUUCUCCUUCAUGGAUGGUUUCUCAGGGUAUAAUCAAAUCAAGAUGGCUCCCGAAGAUAUGGAGAAAACUACAUUCAUUACACAAUGGGGGACUUUCUGUUAUAAAGUGAUGCCAUUUGGAUUGAAGAAUGCCGGGGCAACCUAUCAAAGAGCAAUGGUAACUUUGUUUCAUGACAUGAUGCAUAAGGAAAUAGAGGUUUACGUGGAUGAUAUGAUUGCAAAAUCUCGGACCGAAGAAGAACAUGUUAUUAACCUUCAAAAGUUGUUUGUGCGACUAAGGAAGUUCAGACUCCGUUUAAACCCUGCUAAAUGCACUUUUGGUGUAAGAUCAGACGAGUUACUUGGGUUUAUCGUUGGUCAAAAAGUAGAAGUGGAUCCAGAUAAAGUAAGAACAAUACAAGAAAUGCCGGCUCCCACAGAAAAAGAAGUUCGUGGCUUUUUGGGUAGAUUGAAUUACAUUGCGAGGUUUAUAUCGCAUCUCACCGCUACAUGCGAGCCAAUUUUCAAGUUGUUGCGCAAAGACCAAAAGGUUGAAUGGAAUGAUAAUUGUCAAAAAGCUUUCGAAAAGAUUAAACAGUACUUGUCAAAACCUCCAAUCUUAGUGCCUCCUGUUCCUGGAAAACCUCUUAUUAUGUAUCUGACAGUACUUGACGAUUCAAUGGGUUGUGUAUUGGGGCAGCAUGAUGAAUCUGGUAAGAAAGAACAUGCUAUUUAUUAUUUGAGCAAAAAGUUCACCAGCUGUGAAACGAGGUAUUCACUACUUGAACGAACAUGUUGCGCAUUAGCAUGGGCUGCUCGUCGGUUAAGGCAAUACAUGUUAUGUCAUACAACUUGGUUGAUGUCUAAAAUGGAUCCAAUUAAGUAUAUCUUUGAGAAACCUGGUCUUACUGGAAGGAUUGCCCGUUGGCAGAUGUUGUUAUCAGAAUACGAUUCGGUAUACGUUACACAAAAAGCUAUAAAAGGAAGUACCCUAGCAGAGUAUUUGGCCCAACAACAACAACCGGUAGAAGAUUAUCAAUCAAUGCAGUGUGAAUUCCCCGAUGAAGACAUAAUGACUUUAGUUGAAGAGAUUGAAUCAUCUGAUAAAGAAAAAUGGAGGUUGGUGUUUGAUGGUGCCUCUAAUGCGUUAGGGCAUGGAAUUGGAGCCAUUUUGAUUUCUCCAGAGAACCAGUUCACUCCAUUUACGGCUAGAUUGUGUUUUGAUUGCACAAACAAUAUUGCAGAAUAUGAAGCAUGUGUCAUGGGCAUUAAAGCAGGCAUUGAGUCAAAGAUAAAAGUUCUUGAGGUAUAUGGAGACUCAUCUUUAGUUAUCCAUCAAACAAAAGGAGAGUGGGAAACUCGAGAUUCCAAAUUGGUUCCGUAUCAUACAUAUAUCAAAGAAUUGGUAGAAAACUUCGAGCAUAUCACUUUUCACCAUAUUCCUCGAGAAGAAAACCAAAUGGCUGAUGCCUUGGCCACAUUAUCAUCAAUGUUCAAAAUAAGCGUCGGUCAGGAUGUGCCGGUCAUAAAAAUUCAACAAAAGGAUAAGCCAGCAUAUUGCUUAUCGAUAGAAGAAGAGCUUGAUAGAAAACCAUGGUUUUAUGAUAUCAAAUCAUAUGUUAAGAAUAGGGAAUAUCUAUCAGGUAUUUCAGAUAACGACAAGAGGGUUUUGAGGAGACUCUCAAUGAACGUCUUCUUAAAUGGUGAUGUGCUUUACAAGAGAAAUCAUGAUAUGGUUCUCCUCAGAUGUGUGGAUCAAGCUGAAGCAGAGAAAAUUGUUCAAGAGGUUCAUGAAGGUUCUUUUGGAACUCAUGCAAAUGGACACACAAUGGCAAGAAAAAUCUUGAGGGCUGGCUACUAUUGGUUGACCAUGGAAUCCGACUGUUUUAGUCACGUAAAGAAAUGUCACAAAUGUCAAAUAUAUGCUGAUAGAGUACAUGUACCGCCCACCUCUUUGAAUGUUUUAACAUCACCAUGGCCGUUUUCAAUGUGGGGGAUGGAUGUUAUUGGACUCAUCGAGCCAAAAGCUUCCAAUGGUCACCGGUUUAUCUUGGUAGCUAUUGAUUACUUCACAAAAUGGGUUGAAGCAGCUUCUUAUGCCAAUGUGACUAGAAGUGUGGUUGUCAAAUUCAUCAAAAGAGAAUUGAUUUGUCGAUAUGGCUUACCAAACAAGAUAAUCACUGAUAACGCGACUAAUUUGAAUAACAAAAUGAUGAAAGAGUUGUGUGAUAGUUUCAAAAUUCAGCACCAUAAUUCUUCGCCAUAUCGUCCGAAAAUGAAUGGAGCUGUAGAAGCAGCAAAUAAGAAUAUCAAGAAGAUCAUACAAAAGAUGGUGGAGACGUAUAAGGAUUGGCAUGAAAUGCUUCCCUUUGCAUUACAUGGCUAUAGAACCUCUGUUCGUACCUCAACAGGGGCAACUCCUUUCUCAUUGGUGUAUGGAAUGGAAGCGGUACUUCCCAUUGAAGUUGAAAUUCCCUCGAUCAGAGUCUUGAUGGAAACAAAACUGGAAGAGGCUGAGUGGGUUCAAUCACGAUUUGACCAGUUAAAUCUCAUAGAAGAAAAAAGGAUGAUAGCUCUAUGUCACGACCAGCUAUAUCAAAAAAGACUUAAAAAGGCAUACGAGAAAAAAGUCCGUCCUCGAGAGUUUCAAGAAGGGGACUUGGUGUUAAAGAAAAUAUUGCCCAUAAAAAAAGAUUUUCGUGGAAAGUGGACCCCGAAUUACAAAAAAAAAAAUCAAGCACUUCAAACUGGGGCAAUUAUUAUUUUUGGAAGCUGA